AUGAAUUUGAUCAAUCAAGAUUUGAAAAAUUUUGAUGAUAGAUACAACGAUCUAUUCGAAUCUUCAAAGUUGAAUGGGAUUACCACUGUUGACCUAUUGAUCAAGCUGCCAACGGAGCUUUCGAAACUCCUCAAAAGAUCCAUAAUCGAAGUAGAAAGCCUUAAGAAUGAAAUUCUUUCUUACCAUCAACCAGCAUCAUAUACGAUUCCAAUAAAGAAGCAACGAUAUUUCACCACUGGUAUGGCAGAAUUGGAUGAUCAGUUACAUGGAGGUAUCAGAUUGGGAGAGAUAACUGAAAUUUUUGGGUCCAGCGGAUGUGGGAAAUCACAACUCUUGUAUCAAAUUUCUUGUUAUACUCAAUUAAGUCAACGCUAUAAAGUCAUUUUCAUCACCACAGAGUCUUUCUUGGAGACAAAACGACUACAGGAUAUGAUUGAUCAUAUAAACGAGCAAAAUGAAGGAAGUGAGGUUAAUAAAGUUAGUCUAGAUAAUAUUCUAUAUUACUACUGUGCAGAUCUCGAAACUCAACACCAUAUAUUAUAUAACCAACUACCAUUACAACUUGAAGAUUCAUCCAUUCAAACACUAAUUAUUGAUUCCAUAGGUCACCAUUUGCGUCAUGAACAAGUCAUCACAACUGCAAAUUUUUUAAAACAGGUAGCUAAAGAGAAAGAGUUAUCUCUUGAUGACAAUACAUACUUAAGCUACGUGAAACAAACCCACAAUGAUAAAUACUCCAAAUUCUUUAGGUUUGACAAAACUUAUGAUAUAAAUAUGAACAAGAAAUACUACUAUUUUGAGCUAUUUAGGCAUUUGAAUCGACUUUGCUCAAAGUUUGAUAUUUCGAUUGUAGUAGCAAAUCAGGUAAGUGACCAGCUUUCUAACUACGAUCCAGAAUAUGAGCCUUCAAACGACUCCUUAGAUUUGGACUACCAAUUAGGUCAUAUUGUGGGUUGGGAUAGUAGCACGAUAUUGAGUUAUCAGAAGAUACAUAACGGCACCAGAGACGAUAAUAAUAAUCCCAAUUUUGAUUAUUCCAAUGAGAUAAGACAGAAAACUAUGAAUGGUUCAACUGAACCGUCAAGCACGGUAUCAAAUCCUGUUAGUCAUACACAAAAUGCUAAUAAUAAUUCGAUGCAGGAUCCCAGGUAUCUUCCAAAGACAACUUCAUUUACGACUAACUCGCAUGACUCAUAUAAAUUUAAAUACCAUGCUCCCACCUUGGGGUACCAUUGGAUGAAAUUGGUGGAUUGUAAGAUAAGUUUGUCCAAAAAGUACCAAGUCAUGGCUGAUAAUAAAAGAAAACUCCAUGAAGGAUGGGAGGUAAAGAGAAGUAUGAAAGUCGUAAACGAUAAUUCAUCAACUUCGUUGAAUUUUGAAAUUUCUACUGGAGGUUUGAAGGUAAUGCCCUAA